GCCUCCCAGCACCGCUUCAGGACUUGUGAAAUGGUAUUCCCUUUAAACAAGCUUAAAGGAACAAGAAUCCGCCUUUACGUCCAACGCGUCUGGCUGACCGUUGGCGCAUGUUGUAAACUGCACCCCUAUGACGUUACGCGAAAUCAGGAAGCUUUUACGCUAUACUUCUCAUUCUGUAUACGACCUACAUUCACGGGCUUACGGACACCACAACCUGUUAACGCCCUCUCGCAUGAGCUCCACCAGCCCUAGGAACUAAGGAUAUCGCACACCAUUCAACGCUAGCAAUACCCAUACACCACCAGUUUAGCUUAGGAAUCAUUAGGUCGUGCGUCAUUGCACUGGUGUGCGGCACUAGGGCAACAUGGAGGAUGACGAAGACAUACUUAGCUCAAUGUCCGGGGAUUACGAUCUGGACUUAAUACUGCCGUCCUUGUCUGAGGACGGCGAUGAUGAGGGAGAGAAUGAUGGGCCAGAAGAAGGAAUCGGCGCGGAUGCGGACGACGCGGAUUCAGAAGAGGGCAAUGUCAUGCUUGGUGGUCGCGCUGCUGGACUUGUUGCUGGUAGACUACCGGAGGCCUAUCUACAGGGCGCCGGUGACGCGCCCAGUGCACUGGCCCGUGUACAAGCGCCAGCGGAGGCUUCUGCGCUAGCGUCAUGCAUGCAGUCGCCAGGCCUGAGAAAUGGACCCAUGGGCCAAAACCAAUUCAUUUCCCUGCCCCAUUUCGCUUGCCAAUCAAGGACGCUCAAGAAGAAGUGGACCGGAAACAAGCUGUGCAUUUCUGUCAGGCCCUUGGUUGGCGACGCUAACGCCGACAUCCGGAAGGCGAAGGAGAUUGAAAUCGCCAGGAUCGUUCACGCCAGGCCGUCCAUUGUCGACCGGCUGAAAGUCGCCCGGUAUUUCGCGUAUUGUGCAUUCCUGUAUCCGGAUCGGGCUGGGGGGCCUCUCUCCGAGGCAGAAGCCGCUUCGGCAGCGCAUAUCAGUAUGGAGGAUGUCAACGCCUUUAACAAGAUCUCUUCCCUCCUUCUGUGCCCGCUGUGCAAGGGCGAACUGACACCGCCGCGCAAGGUGUUACGGGGAGGUGGAGAGUGGCGCGUCGACAACUGGCUCAUCUUCUGCGCCCAGAUUCCGCCUGUGGACUGGCCGCGCUCCGUCGCCGACCUGACGAAGGCAAGUGUGUCGAUUCACGUCAUUGGGAAACGCUUGUUUAGCUACCAACCUUGCAUGUUCCUCUUUCCCGUACAGCGCUACCGUGGGCACGAGUGGUGCACAUACCAGUGCAACGAGCACAUGUUCAUGACAAUGCUCCUCCGGGUGUACCACAACGUGCAUUCGCCCCCUGAGCCCAUCAUCAGCCGCAGCAACAGUGCCCCGGCUGACAUCAAGCGCCCGCGCGAUGAGGAGCCUGGCGGUGGCGGUGGCACGGGCGGUGGCACGGGCGGUGGCGCGGGUGAGGGGGACUCCGACAGCGACGUCGCCACUGCUGCCCAGCGGGGUCCGCCUGGGGCCCCGCCCGCCCACCCGCUGCCGCCGCGACCUCCCCGUGGCGGUACGGCUGGCCGCCGCGCGGGCAUGCGCGGUGGUCGCGGGAGCGGCUCGGGGGCGCCGGCGGCGCCGGCGACGCCGGCGACGAUGGCGGGGGCUGCGGCGGUGUCAAGGGCGGCGGCGGCGGCGAGGGCACCUCCAAUGGUUCCGGCGGCGAGGGUGGCAUCGAUGGCGAGGGCGGCUUCGUCACCGGCCAUUACCGUGGUACUGGAGGACAGCGACGUGGAGAUUAUCGAGUAGUGAGGGGGGGGGGAUAGCCGGCAUAUGUGAGAACGACAAGGGUAUGGGGGUUUGGGGCAGGAGGAAGAAUGAUGCAGUCGUGUGUAAUGAUACCUACAGGGGUCAAUAGGCUUCGGGCCAAGGAUGCGUAAGACCUACGCGUGGUGGAGAACGGGGGCGUGGGAUAGCAGGUCAGUCUAACAGGACGGAGAUAAUAUCAUGUGGGCUUUGCCUGUCCCUGGUUGUGUUCCUGUGUGCGUGUGCCCUGUUGCGUGGGACUUUGUUGUUUGUCUACCGCUCUUCCUAAUAGAGCACGUCUCGUGCUUCUGGGUUAGACCGCUUUGAGCGUGUUUUGCGUUUGCCGCCGGUUUAAUGGCCGGUGUGUGUCUGGUCAGCUUAAUUGUAAGUGUCAUUGGCGG